AAUAUAUACAUAUAAAAAAUCAAGGGUAGUUUUUAGGCACUUGAAAGUUGAUUUUUCUGAAAAAAAAGUGAAAUUUUCGUGCAAGAUAAUUGAAUAAUCCAAAUUUUUGUACAAGCAAAAAAUUUUGGUACUAACACUUGAAAAUUUUUAGUGAAGGUAUAUUUUAAUAGAUCCUGCCGAAAUCUGUGAAAAUCACAGUUUCGAAAAAAGUGUUAGGGUGAAAAAAAAAAUUAAAUAGACAAAACAAAAAUUGCCAAAACUGGUCAAAAUGUCUCGUCUCUAUUAUUUUUCCUACCAGUGUAUGUACAUAUGUAUGUAUGUACAUAUGUAUGCUUGCGCCAUUGGAUGCGAGGCAUUUUCGUGUUAUAUAUAUAUCUUUUUUUCACUAUUCGCAAAGAAAUUUGCGAUAUUAAUAUACCUGCUACUCUGAUGCGGUUACUAUUGCUGUUGCUGUAUUGCUCGGCUGCCAUGUUGCAUUGUGUGCGACGGUAUGCGAAAGUCAAAAUAUCCGACCAUUUGCAUGCUUGGGCCUUGAGUAUUACUAAAUAGUCGUCGAUAGCACAGACAUCGUUGCAGCCGCAAGUUCUUCAGUGGCAGGGAAACAUUUUUGUUAACUUCGAAAUACCACAGGAACUUAGUUGACCAAGGUGUAAUUUUAAGCGUUGGAAUAUGAAUGUUGAGAAAUUAAAGCGCCUGCAAACGCAGGUGCGCAUAGGCGGCAAGGGGACGGCACGUCGUAAAAAAAAGGUUAUGCAUCAGACAGCUACAACGGAUGAUAAAAAGUUGCAGAGUUCUCUAAAGAAACUGUCCGUUAGCACUAUACCGGGAAUUGAGGAAGUGAACAUAAUCAAAGACGAUCUAACCGUAAUACAUUUCAAUAAUCCAAAGGCGCAGGCAUCUCUUUCUGCGAAUACUUUUGCUGUUACCGGCCAUGGAGAGACAAAGAAAAUUGUGGAAAUGCUUCCAGAGAUUUUGCCACAGUUGGGUCAAGAGACCGUAGUGCAGCUGCGCAUGUUCGCUAAUUCAAUGGCGGGUACGAAGAAAGCAAGUGGUGGUACGGCAGGCGGUGGGGAUGCGAGUGUUGGCACAAAUAUGCUCUAUAGUGUUGAAGAGGAAGACGAUGUGCCGAUGUUGGUGAGCGAUUUCGAUGAGGUUGCCAAAUUGGAGGCUGCAAAAACGACAGCAGUAGCAACAACAACAACAACAACAAACAGUGAGCAACCGGCAAGUGAAUCUGAUAAAGAGAAAAAUAACACCGAAAUCAAGGAAGAAACGGCUAAAGUAUUGCCAACAUUUUCGGAGGAAGGAAGCAACACGCAAGCAAUAAAUACCGCAACGAAAGUAAACGAACUAAAAUCAUUGCAAAAUUUAAAUUUAAAUAUAAAAUUAAAUGAAGAGUCUGAACAAAAUAAUCUAGAGUUAAAGUCAGCAAACGACGAAGCGGAAUGCCGAAAACAGCAGAUAAUUUCGAACCAGGAAAAUAUUAAUAAAACUGAAAAAGAGAAGCCUGCAAAGGAUGCAAAAAAGUUAAGUGAGCCUCAAAAGAAAAAUGAAAAUCAACAAAAGCACGAGUCCUCAAAACAAAAGGCUAAAAAUGAACCGAAACCCCAAAAGAAUUUAAAAGACAAUAAAAAAUCUGAAGAAUCUGCCGUGAACACCAAUAUUUCAAAACAAGUGGGGAGUGAGACCCUUAAAAUAAUAAAAGAAGGACCCAAAACAGUUCAGAAAAACGUUGAAGUUGAUGUUGAAUCUGAGAAAAUCCCAAAGGAGCAACAAAAGCCACUCCAGCAAAAGCAGCUGAAAACGGAGCAAACUUCCGAAAAGCAGCAGAAGAAAGAAAAGCAGCAGCAACAAUCUGAGCAAAAGCAAGCAUCUAAUCCACAGGAAAAUGUGGAUAUAAAAGAAAACCAAAACAAAUUGCAACAGCCACAAGGCCAACAAACAAAACCAGCUGUGCAAGGACAAGUUGGCGAGCAGAAGAAACUAUCAAAUAAACAGGACACUCAAAAGACACAAACACCAGGUCCUAAACCGACCCAGCAGCAGCAAAAGAAUAACCAGCAAAUAAAACAAAAAAAUAAAUCAGGACAGAAGAAAGAGCAAAAUCAAGAUCUUCAAGCCAAAAGUGACAACGAACAGCGUGAACAGGGCGAAACUGAAAAGCAACAACAAGUUUCAAAGCCACCGGCUGCCAAGCAACAAGAGAAAGCGUCCGAUGAAGAAUCGAUGGAGCAGAAGAAAGGACCAAAAGAAGCGAGUACUGAAACUACAGUCAUUCAAAGGAAGACUGAGACUCUGGUGAAAGGCGCACAACAAGAGAAGAAAUCUGCGGCAUCAAAGCCGGUGGCCGCAGCUAAGGACAACGAACCAAAACAACAGACGCGAACAGCGCCAAAAGAAAAAAAGCAAGAUAUACCAAAGGAACAGAAGUCCGAGCGCCAAUCCGAUGCGAGUAAAAAUAAAGAUAAUCUUGCAGCCGUGGCCCCUGAAAAACCAACGGAAAGUGAAACUCCUAUUGUAGAUGUAUCCAUUAAAACUGUUGCUCUACAAUCAUUAGAAUCUACAGAAAAAUUGUUAGGAAUAGUAAAUGAAAUAACAAAAGAACUUGCAGUUGAAGGUAUAAAAGAAGUCAAUGAGGAGGAUUCAGCCUCCAAAGUUAAGCUGGAAUUAAUACCAGCGAAAGAAUGUGCAGCGGGACAGGCAAGCAAUUCUACUGCGCAAUUCCCGCCUACAACUCUUAAUACGACUGUAACCCAGGCUGUAGAACCCGUUGAGAAACUUCAAGAGGAAAUUAAACCUACAAUUGUUGCUAGUCUUACUGAUGCAGUGGAGAAGCUACCUAUCAAAGAAAAAUCGGCAACACUUUUGAGCAGUGAACUACCGACAAGUUCAUCGAAUGCCGGCGCAGCUCGAGAAGUGGUAAAAGAAAAUAAUGAUAAAAGUGUUCCUGCGAAGGAACUAACAGAAGAACCAUUUCCGCCAACACUACAAAAAACGCUUGAAGAACAAUUAGAUACACAGUCUACUUUGGUUGAAAUUGUAGAAUCACAACCUGGAACGUCAAUGCUCAUCAAAGAUGCGCUAAGUGCUGAAGAAAAAACAGAAGCAUACUCGCCUUUACGAGCAGAUCCACUCAGCAAACAGCUAUCUAUGGCCGAAGUAGUACAGGAGGAACCUUUUCAAAUAUCACCCAACAAAAUUACAGUACUCCAAAAAUCACCAUUGCCUGAUGACAUGAAAAAUAUUCCGCCUGCAGAGUUAUUGAAUACAGAUGUUGUUAAGGAUGCUAAAACAGAUUUGACGGCUUCCAAAGACAACUCGAAAUCGAUCGUCCAAUCGCAAGCAAGUGAAGUAAAAUUACUAACACCAGAAGCUUUGAUAACCUCGGAAAAUAAAAAAGUUACCACGCCCAUAGCAGGAAGUCCCAAACAAAAAGUAUCUCCCCCAAAACAAACUAAAUCUCCACAGGAAAUAGCGAAACAGCAGGCCAAGGCAUCACCGGUUAAGGAAGCACCGAAGGCGUCUACGCCAGCUGAUGCUAAACUAAAACUGACAACAAAACCGCAACCACCACAACAGCAACAUUCAUCAAAAGGAAAUACAAAACCAAUGUCUAGCAAAUCCGCAGCUUCGACUCCCAGUGCCCCCACUACCCCCACCACACCCACCACGCCCACGAAAAUAUCACCGAAAAAAGGUGUACAGGCACAGAAAUCAACAGCUCCGAACACAAAGAUCGAAGGAACAACAAAAAAGACAAACUCGCCGCAAAAUCAAGUAGAUGCAGCAGCAAAAUUGAAGCAACAACAAGGUGUUGCUGGUAAAGCUGUGCGCCCAGGUGGUGGUAAUGCUUCGAUAGUAUCCGGAGGGUCUAAGAAGGGCAACACGUCACCGGCUAUAAGCAAAACUAAGGCGAACGCUGGAGUAAAGCAACAAGAGGCUUUUCUGCAGGACACGACUAUUGCUUCAUCAGCAGAAGCAGCACAGCCAGGAGCCGCAACAGUAGCCAUAUUGUCGCCACCUGCAGUUCCAGCAACUGAAAACACUGCUAAUUCUAAUCAAUCUCCUCCAUCAACUUAGAUUAGCUUUCCUCAGCUUUUUCAGUUUAACUUACGUACAUACAAGCAAACAUACUAAUGAUACAAACCAGUGAUGGGCAUUUUAAAAAUAUUUUUAUAUAGAGUACCUGUUUGGAUACUAAAUACUCAACACUUGUGUAGUAUAUAGAAAUGCCUAAAUGCCAAAAGAAAACACUAGAAAGUAAAAAAAAAAAAAACUAAACUAACUAGGGGUUGGGCAAAUGAAAAUGCUAAAUACAAAACACCUAAGUAUUUGAAGGAUUCUAAAUACUAAAGUAUUUUAUAGAUGUCUAAAUACUUGUGCUACUCGAUUCAGUAAAGGAGCGAAAAUUGUCAAUAAUUGAUACUUUUAUUUUUUUUUAGAUUUUGAUAAUAAAUUUAAAUGCUUCUUGAUUUCCCUGGUUUUUCGAAACUUUAAAAUUUUUUUUUAGCGACAUUUCCACACUCUGUGCUAAACCUUAAUACUUACCCGAAUUUAGCAAGAUAAAAAAAGCCUUAAAUACUUUAUAAAUCAAAUAUUUGUUUGAGAGUACAUAGAAAGGUUUUUAAAUUUAUUUUAUUUUUUUUAUGAAUAAUAUUACAUUACAUUUUAUAUAAUCCUUCGUAAUUAUCGACAUCCGAAAUACUUAAAUACUCAUUACACCAUAAGUGACUAACUACAUAUGAACACACAUACUUAUGUAUUUAGUAUUUUUAAAGAACAAAAUCUCAAAUAUUUGUUUAAUUUAGCAGUUAGUAUUUCGAAAAAUUGUGCCCAUCACUGAUUCAAGCAUAAUAAAUUUUCUAAUUCCUUAACUUAUGAUACUACUUGCUAUUGCAUUUGCACUUUGUUCAUUCUUGUUUGUUUAUUACAUUUUCCCCUCAACCUCCUCAUUCUUAAACAUUCUUCGAAAAUGAUUUUACUAACCUAAAACAUCUACUUACAUGCAAAUUACAUAUAAACCGAAUGAUGCAUAUGUAAUUUAUUUUUAAUUACUAACCGCGUUUUAAAGUCAGAGUUUGAAAAAAAAAACACCAAAAAAUGUUUCAGUUGAUAGGCAAUGCAAUUAAGAAUUGGGCGUAAAAAAUUACCUAGGUGAUGUCAGUUUGGAGAAUUGUCAAGUGUAAUUAAUCGGUAAUUUAUGUUUGUAUAAUAUAUGUAUUUAUGCGCAUACGUACUCAAGUAUUUAUAUGCUUGGGUAAUUUAAAUUCGAAAUUACAAAAAUAAAAAUUUAUCACUGAAACCAAUUGGAUCGUUAUGAUUAAUAAUACUAAUAAUAUUUUGGCCGCUACACUUUUGCUAAGUGUUUGGCCGAGCUUUUCCUCCACAGCGGCCGCAAUAAAAAAAAAAUAUUUACUGAGUAUCAGUGAAGGAACUCGUAUAAUGACAAUAUUGUGCAUUAAAAAAUACGCCUGCCAUUACGUUCAUAAAAAUAGUAAUUUUGUCUGUUUCUACAUGACAUUUUUUGUAAUUUAAAUGCCUAGUGGGAAUUCGGCGUUACCGUUAAAACAAAUG